CGGAGUGAGCCGGGGAGGGUCCGUCGACUACUGUGUCAACCCGUCUGAAUCUCGUCUCCCAUUGAGGAAUGCUGGAUGUUUAACUGAAUGUUUUACUCACUGCUCCGUUUUGCUUUCACUCGACACCGAGGACGACCGGAGAGGCGAUUCUUUAUCACGGCAGCACAGAUUGCAUCCCCACUCCUGAGGCAUCAACUCCAUUUGCGUCCCACUGCCAAGCACUUGAUGGCAUUGCCAUGUGGAAGGUAACUUAAUCUCCCAUCUUUUGCCCUUUGGUCCGUCCCAUGUCUGAGGACAGUGAUCCAAAGCACUACCUGUACUCAACCCUGGACGGGCGUGAACGUAAACGCGAAAGGGUAGGCUUCCAGGUGGAGGAAGAGGUGCCCUCUCCCUGUGCCUCCAUUAGCCAACUUCACCGCAUGGCUAGCAGCUACGAUGAGGGUUGUGGCGGGCGGGAUGGGGUGGAACUGGAUGCCGAGUUAGGAUUGGCCUCCGAGGGGAGCGACAGCAGCCAUGAGCAUCCGGCCUCGCCGGGCUCCCCACACGAUGACAGGAAGCGGCCACGGCCACCCUUACACGAGGAUGUAGAGAUGGGCGGCAGCGGCUCGAGUGGGAGCGGGACAGAAUCCCAUGGAAACGAGUCGCAUGGCAAUGAGUCCCAUGGCAAUGAAUCUGUGGGCAGCUCAAAUGGCAAUUGCAAGGAUUCCGCUCUCAUGGAGUCUUCGGGGAGCAACAAGAGCUCAAACUCUCACAGCCCCUCACCGCCAAGCAGCUCCAAUGCCUUCAGUCUGGUGAGCUCCGAGCAGGACAACCCUUCAACCAGCGGCUGCAGCAGCGAACAGUCAGCCAAAGCUAAGACACAGAAGGAGCUGUUCAAGACCCUAAAGGAGCUGAAGAUGCACUUGCCGUCGGAAAAGAGGAGCAAGGGCAAGUCCAGUACUGUCAACACGCUGAAAUAUGCGCUGCGAUGUGUCAAACAGGUGAAAGCCAAUGAGGAAUACUACCAGAUGCUGAUGAUUAAUGACAGUCAGCCACCAGGGUUUGAUGUAUCUUCCUACACCAUCGAGGAAAUCAACAGCAUCACCUCCGAAUACACCCUCAAAAACACUGAUAUAUUUGCUGUAGCCGUCUCACUCAUCACGGGGAAGAUUGUUUACAUCUCGGACCAGGCGGCAUCCAUCUUGAACUGCAAGCGGGAAGUGUUUAACAAUGCCAAGUUCGUGGAGUUCCUCACGCCUCAGGACGUCAGUGUGUUCUACAGCUUCACCACGCCCUACCGCCUGCCCUCAUGGAGCAUGUGCACCGGAGCAGAGUCGUCUCCCACGGAGUGCAUGCAGGAGAAAUCCUUCUUUUGCCGCAUCAGUGGUGGUAAGGAGCGCGAAGGGGAUCUCCAGUACUAUCCUUUCCGUAUGACUCCCUACCUGAUGAAAGUCCAGGAUGCUGAGCUGGCUGAGGAACAGUUCUGCUGCCUCCUGCUGGCUGAGAGGGUGCACUCUGGAUACGAAGCACCCAGAAUCCCUCCUGACAAGCGUAUCUUCACUACCACACACACACCAAACUGUGUGUUCCAGGAUGUGGAUGAGAGGGCUGUUCCUCUGUUAGGUUACCUCCCGCAGGACCUGAUUGGAACCCCUGUGCUCCUCAAUCUGCACCCAAGUGACCGACCCUUGAUGCUGGCUGUGCAUCGCAAGAUUCUGCAGUAUGCCGGUCAGCCGUUCGAUCACUCCUCGAUCCGUUUCUGCGCAAGAAAUGGCGAGUACAUCACCAUCGACACCAGCUGGUCCAGCUUCGUCAACCCCUGGAGCCGCAAGGUCUCCUUUGUCAUUGGCAGGCACAAAGUCCGCAUGGGUCCCGUGAAUGAAGAUGUUUUUGCAGCACCAGCUUUCCAUGGAGGGAAGAUCAUGGACUCAGACAUCCAGGAAAUCAGUGAACAGAUCCACAGGCUGCUACUCCAACCAAUCCACAACGUAGGUUCCAGCGGUUAUGGCAGCCACGGCAGCAACGGUUCCCAUGAGCAGCUGGUGGGCAUCAGCUCGUCCAGCGAGAGCAACGGGAACGUCACUGCAGGGAAGACGGCGGAGGAGACGGGCAAAGCCAAGCCUCCCAGGACAUUCCAGGAGAUUUGUAAAGGGGUCCACAUGCUGAAGAACCAGGAUUCCCAGGUCUGCCUGCACUCCCCUUCCCCUUCGGCCUCACCGUCGCCAUUGAAGCCUGAGCAAAGGAAGACCACUGACACAGCAGCUCAGAAGAGUCCAGCAGUACGUCUGAAGGACUCGCCGCCCCCUCUGCAGGUCAGAGACAGUACUGCAGACAGCGUGGAAGACUUCCCCUGCAAAGACCAGACUGUCCACUCCUACCAGCAGAUCAGCUGCCUCGACAGCGUCAUCAGGUACCUGGAGAGUUGUAACAUCCCCGUCACAGUGAAGAGAAAGUACCAGUUCUCCUCCAACACCACCUCCUCCAACUCUGAUGAUGACAAGAAGGGCUCAGACGAUGGCAUGCAAGUGCCUCAAGAUACAAACCCAGACUCUUUGAUGCUUGCCGCCCAGCCAGGCCUGUCAAACAUGAAAGCACCAAAGAAGCCAUCUAGGGCAGCUGCUGUGGUGGGAGGACCCCUGGCACCCCUCACCCUGCCCAGCAAGGCUGAGAGUGUGGUGUCCAUCACCUCCCAGUGCAGCUACAGCAGCACAAUCGUCCAUGUGGGAGACAAGAAGCCUCAGCCCGAGUCUGAGAUUAUUGAGGACGUGGCAGAGAGCCCCGCACCCCCGGCUCUGCCCAUCAGCGUGGUGUCUCCGCCCAGCCAGGAAAAGGAGGCCUACAAGCGGCUAGGACUGACCAAACAGGUGCUGGCUGCACACACUCAAAAGGAAGAGCAGGCAUUCCUCACCCGCUGCCGAGAGCUCCGCAACGCCAGGUCUUUCCAGAAGGACUGUUACACAUACCUGCACAAGCAGAGAGGGUCAGCCAACGCUAAAGAAUCAUCUGGACCACGAGGUGCAGCCAAACAGGGCACCACCAGGCCUGAGACUACUGCCAAGAAGGGCAUUCGCAAUAGGAAGUCCAAGAAGUCACGGAUGAAGCAUCCUGAUUCGUCAGACAGCGCUGUAUCACACCGCAAACCCCGCCCCCCUCUCCAGGGUCUCAACCAAACCUCGUGGUCCCCGUCAGAAGCAUCCCAGUCAGCUUUUAACGUCUCUUACCCAGCUAUGGUGCCUGCCUACCCACUCUACCCCCCUGCACCUGCUGCCCCCUCUCAGGCCCCCCACCCUGACCCCUCCCUUUCCACAGGCUUUGGAGAGGGGCAGAGUACCCAAGCCCCUCCUACUGCCACUCCAUUUCCUGCACCCAUUGUUACACCUGUGGUGGCUCUGGUGUUACCCAAUUACCUCUUCCCCCAAAUAGGACAGUUAGGUCAGAUAGGGCAGCUGGGGGCUGCUCCUAGACCUGCGUUUUUCCCUGAGCAGACCCAGACACAACCUGCAUACACUACUCAGCAGCCGUUUCAGCCCCCACAACCAGCCUACACCAUGCAAACACAAGCCCCCUACACCAGCCAACAGCCGUUUCCCGUGCAGACUGCCUUUGCCCCCCAGCAGCCGUUCCAAACGGCUCAGACCCCCUAUACCACCCAGCAGCCUUUCCAGUCUGCUCAAACCACUUACACUACCCAGCAGCCUUUCCAGGCUGCUCAGACCCCCUACACUACCCAGCAGCCUUUCCAGGCCCCUCAGACCCCCUACACUACCCAGCAGUCUUUCCAGGCCCCUCAGACUGCCUACACUACCCAGCAGCCCUUCGCUGCCCAGCCUUCUUUCCCAGUGCAGACUCAGUUUGUGGCUCAAGCACCAUAUCCAGCUCAGCCCUUCCCUUACAGCCUAGCCACCGAGCCCCCCAAAGCCCUAGGCCGAGAGGGUGCAGCAUCACGCUCCUCCACCCCAGCCUCUGGAGCGAGGGAGCCCACCACGUCGCCACCGCUGUUUGAGUCGCGGUGCAGCUCGCCCCUGCAGCUCAAUCUGCUGAGCAUGGAGGAGGGACAGCGCUCAGUGGAACGGCAGGACAGCACAGCGCCUUCUGCUGGCAACAGUACAGCUGCAGCAUCAGGGGAGAAGAACGGAGGCACCACCAAGACUGAAAACCACAUACAGGUGGAGUCUCCAGGAGAUGGGGCUCACAGCGACGGUAAUUCCUCGUCCUGCGACUUGCUUGACAUCCUGCUGCAAGAGCAGGAGGACUCCCACUCCGGCACCGGAUCAGCGACCUCUGGCUCCAUGGGCUCAGGAUCGGGCUCUGGAUCGGGCUCUGGAUCGGGGUCAGGAUCGGGCUCAGGCUGUGGUACAUCAGCUAGUGGAGCUUCAGGCAGUAGAACAGGGAGCAGCAACACCAGCAAAUACUUUGGCAGUAUUGACUCCCUGGAACAUGACCCCAAGGCCAAGGCCAAAGCCAAGACGAGAAGCGAAGGAGACUCUGAAGGCGGUCGGUCACAGACCAAGGUCUCAACCCAAGGGGAGGGAGAGCAUUUCAUUAAAUACGUUCUCCAGGAGCCCCUCUGGCUGCUCAUGGCCAAUGCUGACGACAAGGUCAUGAUGACAUAUCAAAUGCCGUCCAGGGACAUUCAGAAGGUUCUGCGAGAUGAUAAGGAGAGGCUGAGACAGAUGCAGAAGAGCCAGCCUCACUUUUCGUCUGACCAGCGACGAGAACUAGUGGAGGAACACCCCUGGAUGAGGAGGGGAGGUCUACCUGCUGCUAUCAAUGUGAAGGAGUGUGUGUACUGUGAGGAUGCAGCAGCAACCCACAUCGAGGAGGACCUGCCAGACAUGGACAUGGGCGAGAUGGGCGAGGAGUUGCGCCAAGAGAGCCAGAACGCCCAGAACCAAUCAGAGGAGUCUCAGCCUCAACCAGACACUGGCUCGUGAACACACAUGGCCAGCAGGGGGACACACUUGACCAGCCAUGGACCCUCAUGAUGCACACACACGCACACACAAUGUGGAUGUGAGACAAACACACAUGAACUCAAGCAGAACUCUGUUGCCAGUCAAUGAAUAUGAAUAUGUGUGCCGCUCACUGUGUGUGUGUGUGUGUGUGUGUGUGUGUGUGUGUGUGUGUGUGUGUGUGUGUGUGUGUGUGUGUGUGUGUGUGUGUGUGUGUGUGCUGUGCGGAGGACUGCCGCUGAAGUUGCCAGCACUCUCACAGAAAUGACCUGGACCCAGCCUGUGUGGUUGGUGACCUUUGGCCUCCCAAAUAUAUUUUUAUUUAACUGUUUUCACAUCUGCUUUGUCAGAGAGAUUUACAGCAACGCGAGGAUUUACAAUUCUGAAAGAGUUAAUAGUGGACAUAUUAAUAUAUUUGAUGAAAAAAAAAUAUAUAUAUAUAUUGACAAAAUAAUUGUAAUUAAACUAUUUAAAGAUGUUAUUAACAAGCAGCCCAGCAUUGCUGUUUAAAUAGUACCAGACAUUAUGUUUUCUUGUUUUUGCCAUUCAAGUCCUUCAAACCCCAGGAUUCUUUUUGUUUUUGCCCACUAGGAACUUUUUAGAAUCGAUGUGGUGCUCAUAGGAUGAUGUAGUCCCAGUCAAAGGGCAGGGACAGGAACUCCUGCUUUUGCAUCAUGGAUGAGUGUUUAUCGCCUACAGCAGUGGUAGAACCUGACUCUACAGCCAACGGAAGGCGGAUCGUAACUUUCUACAACAGUGACAAUCUGAUACGUAGUGCAAGAUGAUCAUUUAACUAAGUAUCUUAUUUAUUUUCUACCAGAUAAUGUAUCUAGAAUAGAAUUUUUUAAGCUAAAGCCAAAUCCAUUCAGCUCAGUACUUGUAUAUGAACAGUUUACAGGCGUUGACAAUUAACUCAACAGGAAAUUUCAAGUGUCUGAGUAACUGGAGGUAGCUUGUCCAUUUCACAGAUUAACCUCAAAGUGUUGUAGGCAUCUGCCGAACUUAAAACAGCACGGGUGCUAUGAAGAAGCAGACAUCAUCACAGAUUAAGAAGCUGCUGAAAUAUUUUUGCUUAUGUAAAAAGGUCAACAUCAGAAUUGCUACGUGAAAAGCAGAGGUUGAAAGGAUCGUAGUUAUACAAACUAACAAGUUCCUUUUGACAUCCAAUUUGUAUCUUAAAAUGGCACAUUUUGUUUUCUUUUUUUUUAAGAAACUAUAUCGAGGUACAUGGCAGAAUAUUGCAAAAACUGUUGAGUAAUAUUAUUUUUGUGUCAGUAUGGUGCGUCUCUACUACAAAAUGUCGUUUUUAGAACAAACCAGUACUAUUUAUACUUUAUGCAAAAAUAUAUUCUCUCCACUUCUGAGACAUUUCCUCUGCUCGUUUUCUCACAUGUAUUUUUCUGGAUCAAAAAAUAUAAAUACACUUUUUAUUUUUUACAAAACAUUUUUCAGGCACCACCAGAAAGACUGUAAGUCAUACAUCUCUGCAGCACAGAUCAUUGAGUAAUGUAAAGGCUUUGGGUCAAAUAUGUUUUGGCAUCAGCACUGAAAUAUAGAUUUUGAUUGGUAAACAGCAUUACAAUUGUAGCAAAUACGGGGACCAUGUUGCCUCAGUGACCUUCUAAAGGGCCCUGGGUUACACAGGAAAUGGUGACAUGUAUGCAUCAGCAACCAUGCAAGCCCCUCGUCAUCUAACAUAAAGUAUUAAGAAAACUGUGAUCCACAUUGGCUCCAUGCAGUCGAGGUGAACAGCACGAGAACUGGGAACAACCCUGGUGCUACAGCAGAGAAACUGUUGUGAAUGUAACACGGACUGGACCAAGAGCACCUCACUGACUUAGUUUGUUUUCAUGGUUUUCUUUCUUUCUUUCUUUCUUUUUUAAUUUCUCGUUCACUUGUUAUUGUUCUAUUUUUCUAUUUUUUCUCUUGCAUAUUUUAUUUUAUUUGUUUGACAAAAGUAAUGGCUUUUGAGUGUCAUUGGGGACGGACCCUACCUCUAAUGAAUCCCAGGUCAUGUUACUCUAAGCAGAACAUAGCAUGUGUACACAUGUGGGCAAACGCAAUGGACAGAGUGGUCAGAUACUUAAGUGAUUCCGGUGAAUGAUGGGUUUGUACAGAGAGUCUCUGUCUGCUUUCUGUCUCUCUGAAUGAAUGUGUGCACAAAGAGGACAGCCACCUGUCACCACCUUUUGUCUCUUUUCUGUGCAAAAUAUCUCGAGGGGGGCCUCCAAUGCUCACCUGUGUAUAAACUAUUAAGAAUGGAAGAAUGUUGUUAAUUCAUGUGGAAAUAAGCUGUUCUGAAUGCUGAAAGUAAGCCAGAGAAUGAUGCUGCGCUAGUGCUGAAGCCUUACCUUUGUUAUAGAGGGAAUCCAUUUUUAAAUGAUUACACACUGGUGGGCCGUUGGUAGCACCCUGAGCUGUAAAUGCAUACACGCGGUACAGGCACACAAUGCUGCGUACAGUCAUGUCAAGUCAUGUAAAUUUGUUUCCUUGCCACUGUAUGAGUCUAUGGUAUGAAACUAGCACAGUUCUGUGCAUUUGUGUAGAUAAGAUGUGUUUGUUUGAGAUAUGGAAAUGAUGUUGUAAUAAAACUACAGAAAUAUAA